AAAAUCGAAUUUAAUGCAAAAUUAAAAUAAGAAUUUAUUUUUUAAACAAAAAUUUCAUUUAAAGUGAUAAGAAAUAUAAAAAUAAAUGCACAAAUAAACCACAAAUAAUUAUAGUAAUUUUUAAUAAUUUUUUUAAAUGGAAAUUAUGAGCGCACACUUGGCGGUGUUGUCACCAAAACAGUGCCGCCUCGGUGCACGCAAGAUAAACAAUGUGCAACCGCCGAGUUAAAGAGCGGUAUUUAACACUGAAAACACAAAAUCCCGUUAUAUUUUCCGCGUAUCUAUACUCUACGAGAUAUAAUUAUGCAUGCGCGUGUUGCAUUUGUUGUUGUUGACGAAAAUUCAUUUCAUUAAAUAUGCAGUUGUUAUUAUCCAGCUAAUUGUAUGAAAUUGCCGUUCGUUUACAUUUUAAAAAGCAGUCGCACCAAGCGCGUCCUCCCCCCGGUAAGCGCAAAAGCGUCAAGGGUUGCGUAGACACACACACCUCCUGUCCUAUAUAUGUAUAUGGUACUCGUGUGUCUAUAAACAAAUAUUAAUUUUCAUAUGUGAUGGCUCAGCACAAACACUGCCAGGCCUCGCGCAUUUCAUUAAAAGAGAAAAUUAUGUUAAUUGUCAAUUAAAAAGUUAAUGACUUUAAUUGGAUUUCCAGGAUUUUAAAAUAUUUCUUUUUAUACUUGUAUGUAUAAUGCCACAUGCCUGGCUUGAUUUUGUCAGCAUAUUUUGAAUUACUUUUUGUCAGCUGCAAAAGUUGUGAUUUAUAGCGAAUUUAAGAGUUUGUUAUCAUAAAUGAGAUUUCCUCUUGAUAUGAUUUGGCUUCAGUCAAAAGAAUUAAGCCACCAUUAAAUAGAUUGAAAUUUUUCGAGUCUAGCGAAUGAGUAGCUAUAUUAUCUUUAUUUAAGAAAUAUUUCAAUAACUGCCUGCAGAGUUCUUUGGUGUUAUUAAAAACAGGCAAAUGUAAUGUGGAAAAAUUCAUAUUUACUACUUCCACUUGUGUUUCUGAGAUGUUGAAAGAGUCGUUACUUAAAAAAAAUAACACAUUUCUUUCUUUCGAUGCAUCGCUUAAUGUGAUCUCCAACUUUUCAAUACAUUUUUCAUAAAGGAUGUUUUUUUUUCAAAAAUAUGGUACUGCAUAAUGUUCGGUUCGGUUAAAAGGUCGAUCCUAAUAGGGAUCUCGCUUGGACCACUUAUAAAAUCGGUUCGCUGUGGUACCUAAAACUUCUAUAAAAUAAUUCAUAGGACGCUUACAAAUCCUCAAAGCGCUUUGAGCUUACCACAGAUUUGUUGAGAAUGUCAGUUUCGGCUAAGUCUCCUGGUUCGGCAAAGAUAUGACUGUUGGGAUCUUUUAACAUCAGUCUUGCAAAAGCUGGACAAUAGAGGAGAAAGUGCUUCGAUGUGUCCACCAGACCUUCUUCCAUACGACUUUGACAGUUUGCGUCAGACUGGAUUUUUUAUUCUUACAGUAUGAGUGUCUGUUAGGCCACUUCCAUUAAUAACGGCUGUAGAGCUGGAAAUUGGUUAGGCUAUCGAAGCUUCCUCCUACUGAAAAUAUUGAAUAACGUUCUACUUUUAUUAUAAAUGCAUCCCUGAUAGUGAACACAAUUUAUAUUUCUCAUUUUAUUCAAAUGGAAGUGCUGUUAUAAAACGCCCGCUGGUAAUCCAGUGUCUGAUGCCCAGAACAUACUGAAAUUACUGAGGAAACACUUCUCCAGCCUGCUGAAUGCCAGUGAAGGUAUAACGCCAGGAGAAGACGAACCCGAUUCUUCAAUCGAUGACGAUGGAGCAGACGUUCCAUUGCCCGACCAAGAAUAAGUUCGAAUAGAAAUUAUCCGCUUGAAGAACAACAAAGCGGCGGGGGCCGAUGGAUUACCGGCCGUGCUAUUCAAACACGGCGGCGAAGAACUGAUAAGGAGCAUGCAUCAGCUUCUUUGCAAAAUAUGGUCGGACGAAAUUCCGUUGAUUGGAAUUUAAGUUUGCUCUGUCCAGUCUACAAAACGGACAACGCAACCACUUCAGCUCUCAAUGUACACGAUGUAGUACUCGCCGGGAGAAGCAUAGCAAGGAGAAGACCUUCCUCCGUUGAAAAGACAGGUAAAGAAAGACCUAGCUAAACUUAGAAGCUGCAAUUGGCACCAAUCCGCGGAAAAAAAGAACGACUGAUGCGUUGUUGUUAACUUUGCUUUAAAAGUGGAAGCGGUGCCUGCGCCAAUAAGGAAGAAGAAAUGGAAAUUUUCAGGCGAGUUGUCUCUAAUGUUCAUUGUUUGAUACUCUGGGUCUGUAAUUAAUAUUCUCCAGAAAACAUCACUCUAAUAAAAUGAGCCGCUGAUAUUUCGAAGUACAGGUAUUUGUGCAAGAUAUCUCCCCAACUAAUUAGCGCGUGGCUUAAAAUCCCUUUCGAGGAUAAAUUAUUCGAGGUAGAGGUAUUUAGCGGCGAUCUUACAAUUCUUAUUAGAAAUAAGUUAUUCAAGGUACAGAUAACUUCAUAAUGAGAACUUCAGAAGUAAAGCCUCGACUCAGCUUUUUAAAACUAUCGAAUGAAAUACAACAAUAAUAACUUUUCGAAUCAUGGUAGCACAGCGACACAUCGCAAUGCAAAGAAGGUUACAAUUGUGAACCAAUUAACAUUGUUAAUUGUUAUUAUGCGUAUAAUUGCCAAUAUGGAUGGGGGACGUUAGAUCAAUAACAAACAAUUAAUAGUCCAAAUUUAUAAAUCUUAAGAAAUCAUUAAAAAAUACACCGAAAUUUCCAGCAAUGGCUCUCAUACCCAAGCAAAAUUCUACCUUGCUGCUUACCUUAGUAAUUUGGCUAUAAAUAAGCUGAGAACAUGUGGGCGCAACACAUUAUAAAACUGGAGCUCAAAAUGACGCCAUCGGCCGCUGAGCAACAAGAACGCAUAGGUGUCGCGCGUGUGCUAAUGCACUUCCUGCAGAUCUUAGGAGCUUGGCCAAUACUCCCAGAACACCACCAUCAAAAUGCCAGAUCAACGCAAUGCCGCACUUGGCUGGCGCGCAACUACCGCUACCUGCUGCACUUGCCGCUCACCUUCACCUACAAUACGCUCAUGUGGGUGGAAGCGCUGACGCGCUGGGAACGCGCUGAUCAUAUACUCUACAUCUCCAUCACCGAAGUGGGCAUGAUGGCGCUGACGCUGAACUUCUGGCGCUUAGAUCAGCGCGCUUACCACUUCAUGCAUGAGCUCUGCUACAGCGAUCACUUGGCGUUGCGCAACCAGGCGGAGCGCCAAUGGUGGCGCGCAAAGCAGCGCUCGUUUACGCGCAUUGCCGUGUGUUAUAUAGGCGGCGGCGCGGGUGUGCUUUGCACGGCGUUCGGCGCAACGCUGCUGGUGAAUGGUUACUCCUUGCCCUACGACUAUUGGCUACCAUUUGAAUGGCACAAUGCGCAGAAUUAUUGGUACGCCUACGGCUAUGAGUUGGUGGCGAUGUCGCUCACGUGCAUCGCCAACGUCACCAUGGAUAUGAUGCUGUGCUAUUACCUCUUUCACGUGGCGCUUUUAUACAAGUUAAUUGGCAUUCGUCUAAUGGCGUUGCAGCAUCUGAGCGAACGGUUGGCCGUGCAACAACUGAUCAACAUAAUCAAGUUACAUAAAAGAGUCAAACGGUUGACAGCGCAAUGUGAAGUGCUGGUGUCCCUGCCCAUUCUGGUGCAAAUCGUGCUCAGCGUCUUCAUUUUAUGCCUCUCCGCCUAUCGUUUACAAAGUAUGCAAAUCAACGAGAAUCCAGGCCAAUUUUUUGCCAUGUUGCAAUUUGCCAGCGUGCUGACGUUGCAAAUAUUCCUGCCAUGCUACUUUGCCAAUGAGAUUACCAUAAAUUCGGAUGCGCUGACAACGUGUGUGUACAACAGCAAUUGGGAGGAAUUUUCACCGCCUACGCGUAAGCUAAUGAAUCUGUAUAUGGAGCUGAUGAAGCGACCGGAACAAAUAAAGGCUGGCAAUUUCUUUUUGGUGGGAUUGCCCGUUUUCACAAAGACCAUGAAUAACGCUUAUAGCCUUCUAGCGCUGCUAUUGAAUAUGAGUAAAUGAGAGCUGAGAAAUAUGAAGAGAUUAACCUUACGGCACUCCGCAGGUUCCACUAAAUUUGAUUCUAUUAUUAUUUUUUUAUUAAAUUAAUGAAAUUGCUUGUUAAAUUUUUACAGAAAAUGAGAGCAUCCAAAAUAAAGCUGAUUGGUGGUUAAAAGUCUACACAGUUUGAGAGUGAAUUUUAUUAAGAAGUUUUCACAUUUUAUGUCUAAGUUAUUUUAAACAAAUGUUCUACUUGUAAAAUAAAGUAUGAUUUUCACAAAUAUUUUUAAUUCAUCUUGAUAUGACUACUACUUCGCUCUUCUCAGAAAAAAUUAAAAAAAAGCAAAGCAAAGUUAUUCCAAAAAUAAAAUUUUAUUGAGCAAAUUGAGUCACAAAUUGUGCCAUUUAGUUGCUAUGCUAGUCGUUCACACACAUUCUCAAUAAAAAUUACCAAAAUUUUUCAAGAUUAUGGCUUUGCUGAGCUAACACUUCAAUAAACCUCUUGACAAACCAACAAAAUGCAAGCACUUGCUGCUUGACACUAAGCUUUACUUAAAGCACGGCUAAUAUAAAUUAAUAAUAACUGUUUAGCUCUAUGACCAAUAAAUGGCAUACUUGUAAAGGUAAACAAAUCAUUUAAAAUUCGUUUAGGAAAUUUCAAUUUUCUUAUUAAAUUCAACAAUGCUAAUGCAGUAGAACCAAUUUACUGUUAUUAUACACAAUUAUGUGGCAAUCAAUUAAAUUAAAGUAAUAACAGCAAUUACUG